AUGAAACUGACUCACCUUUCCUCACGCACCUCAACGUACCCCUCCCUCUGCGCCCACUGGGUGGGGACAGACAUAGUCGUUGUUGCGGGCGGUGGUGGUGCAGACCGCUCUGGACGUGAGAAUAGAAUAGAGCUGCUUCUCGCUGAUGGCCUCGAGGAAGUUGCCCAUGAAGUCUUGGAUGGUGAGCCUGUUUUCUUCCUUGCUCCUGCGACUCAUAGCACGUGCUUCUUUGCCGCCUUGCGGAUGAGCUCUAUUGCCGUAUAUGAGAUUACAGGCUUGAACGCUUCUGGUACAGAAUCGCCAAUCCUGGCACUACACAAUCAGACAGGGUGGAAUGAUGUGGGAGAGAAACAGCGCAUAACCGCUGUUUAUGGGUGCGGUGACUAUUUGGCCUUUUGUACAGUACACGAGGACACAAGAACAAGUUCCCUUCACAUUUGGUGCUACUCUUGUAAUAAUGUUGAGAGCGAUGACUCUACUCACUCCGCUACCGUUUCAUUUGUUUCGCUACCUUCUACUUCUCUUCCUCUACGUUCUACUCCCAUUUCCAUGGUACCCCACAUCUCUGAAAAGCACACUGAUUUAUAUGUUGUAAGUCGACAAGGGGAGGUUUCAUGCGUAUCCCCGGCGCAAAUCCCGCACAUUCUGGGGACUGCAACUCCAUACAAUCAGCAUCCGCUUUCUUCCACCGUGCCCAUGUCUCAGCCAGAGCCCGGGGCACGUCUCUGCGCAGCUGGCCAGGAGCAGCUUGUUAGUGGCACAGACGUUCUCAGAGCUCUCUACCCGCUCCAUCUGGACACAACACACGCACUUGCGGGUCACUUUGUCGCCCACUUUACCGGGAAACGUUCGUGCUCAUUAUGUCUUCUAGACCAGUGUCUCAUCCCUGUCAAGACCUGCCGGGUAAGCUCGACCUUGUCGUGCGGGAUCAGCCGCUUUCACGAGGACUCUGCUGUCGUCUUUAUGGUUCUUUCUGACGGAAGCGUCCUAACGUUUGACGCACUGACCCUCACACGUCUUAACUCAUACCGGGGAAGCGAGGACUCUCUUCUUACUGCGCUGGAGCUCACUAGCGGAUCGUCUAGGUGCAUUGUGGUGUCUCCGGCUGGUGUAGAAAUCUGCUCCCUGCACCCAAUCAACAGCAGCCUUCAAAGUGCAUACCGCACAGCACUCUUUAUCUCCAUCUUUAUGGUCGUCGUUCUUGCAAUAGGGAUUUACUACAGAUACCUGGAGAAUACGGGUAGCCUAGACUCACAUCUUCUGUUCAUAAAACUUAAUCGUAUGGUGUCUAGAAAGAAUGCGUGGAAAACAAGCGGGUCUGGCGAGAUCAGGAUUUAG